AUGACUGUCGAGGUGACAAUCAUCUGUGUCGACAAUUCAGAGUACUCUCGUAAUGGCGACUUUUCUCCUAACAGGCUUGCUGCACAAAUGGAUUCAAUAGGUCUCAUCGCAAGUGCUCGGAUGUCAGAACAUUUUGAGAACAUGGUUGGUAUAGUAUGUUUCGCCGGCCGUGGAUCACGUCUCAUCGCGGCACCAUCUAAUGACCUAGGUACCUUCUUAUCAGGGCUCCAAUUGGUAAAGCCUUAUGGUGAAAGCGAGUUCAUGAAAGGCCUCCACAUGGCACAAUUGGCCCUAAAACACCGAUUAAACAAGUCACAAGCGCAACGGAUCAUAUGCUUCAUUGCAAGCCCUGUGAAAGAGGAUAUCGAAUACUGUGCAGCAAUAGGACGGUUGCUCAAAAAGGGCAACGUAUCGGUUGACAUUGUCAACAUGACUACUGACCCUGAAACAGAAAAAAAGCUAUUAGUACUAUACGAGGCGCUCAACGACAAAGUGACAUCUCACUACCUUAACUUUAAACCUGGUGGCGAUAUGUUGUUAAGUGAGAUGGUGCUUAACUCUCCUGUUAUGCAGAGUUCAGAUGGCCCUAGUAAUGCAGGAAUAUACAAUUCAAACCUCAAUGACUUUGGAGUUGACCCGGAAGUGGACCCGCAGCUGUACAUGGCAUUGAGAAUGUCGCUGGAACAGGAAGAGGAGCGUCGUCGUAGGGAAGAAGCUAGGCUGACCGGGGCUGCAAAUGAAGGGGAACAACCACUAACACUAACAGAUGUAGAGAACCAUAUUAAGGACCUGCCAGCUCUUGAGGUCAUUCCACUCCCGCGUAUUAUGGAGAUGGUAAUGACCUGUGAGGGCAACAUGGAACUUUUAGAGUCGCUUAUCUACUCAUUACCUGAGGUUGACAUGGAGGAUCCUCGCAUCAGGGAGCUCUUGGAUAAAGUCAAGGACUUACUACCGAGGAUGCAAUGGCAAUAA